UUUGUUUCAUCUCUUGUUCUUUGUGUUUCGUUGGUUCGAGCUGAGGAAGAAGAAGAGUUCAAAGAUUCGUUCGAUGGUCAACAAAGAGAAAGAAGAGAUAUCUCAGCCGAUUUAGAAGGAGCCGAAUCUGCAGCUGGUGGUGCUGGAGGUGCUGGUCUUGCUGCUUUUAAGAAAGGUGCUGGUGGUGGCGGAGCUGCUGGAUACCAAGCAGGUAAAGCUGGAAAAGCUGGUUAUGCUGCUGGAGCCAAGGGUGCUAAAGGUGGUGCUGCUUAUGGAGCCGCUGGAGCUGCUGGUGGGGCUAAAGGAGCCUCUAAAAAGGGUGGAUUCGCUUCUGGAGCUUUUGGUAAAAAGUAUGGAAAGAAAGGAGGAUUCGCUAAAGCCGGUGGUGCUGGAUACAAUAAGAAAAUGGGUCUUGUCAAGACAUUCGGAAUGAGAGGAUUCAAAUUCGGUAAAGCUGGUUAUGGUGCUGCUGGAGGUGCUGUCGGAGGUAAAGCCGCUAAGGGAGGCUAUGCUGGAGCCGCAGGAGCAGCUGGAUACAAGGGAGGUAAAACUGGUGGUGCUAAAGGCUAUGCCGGUGGAGCUAAAGGUGCAGCUGGUGGUAAAGCUGGAGUUGUGGAGCUGGUGGGUGCUGUCGGAGGUAAAGCCGCUAAGGGAGGCUAUGCUGGAGCCGCAGGAGCAGCUGGAUACAAGGGAGGUAAAACUGGUGGUGCUAAAGGCUAUGCCGGUGGAGCUAAAGGUGCAGCUGGUGGUAAAGCUGGAGUUGCUGGAGCUGGUGGGUUCAAGAAAGCCGCUGGUGCUGCAGGAGCUGCUGGAGUUACCGCUGCAGGUGGCAAAGGUGGUUAUGGAUUCGGUCGAUAAGGUUCCCUUCAUUUUUUCAACUUUCCCAUUCUCUAAGUCACAACUAUUGUAAUAAAAAAUUUCUCGAAAAUUUAAAAACAAAAUAAAAAUACUUCUCUUGAACCAGACAUUCAGCAACAGGAACAUACUCUCUCUCUCUCUCUGGCGCAGAGGGUUGAAGCCACUGUCCUCGUUAAUCGAGGUUGUGAGUUCGAGACCCGGUGAUGCAUUAGUCGAGGAUGACCCAAUGAGAAAGAGAGGGCAGCACCCGUCAGCUGAAAUGGCUCCUGCGAGGGAGUCAGCCUCCCUAGGUGGUGACACCUAGAAGGGGUAAGACGGGGGGAGAAUCGGCUCUGGGGGGAGCUAGUGACAUACCCGAGACAUUUACUUACUUGUAAAAAUGAAAGAUUGAGUAACAAUUAAAGAAAAAAUAGUACCGUCACAGACGACUAGUAAGGUCCGCCGGCAAAAGCGCAAGAUAGCGCGGUCCGGUACCA